AUGUCAAGUUUGGAUGCUAAAAGUCGCACUUCGUCUAUCUUUUAUUCAUGCACACUGCGUCCUGUGUCCGCCAGGAUUGUUUCAUAUGGCCGCGAGUACCAAUCACAUCGUCGACCUACACUCUAUGUGCUGCAAGUGAGCCGCAGCGGUACCGCGGACUGGUAUGUGGCCAAGCGUUAUUCCGAGUUUCGCGAGUUGCAUUAUGCGCUGCAGCGCGAGUGUAGCAGAACUGGUGGUAAACUACAUGCAAACUGUAGCGCAUGCAAGGAGCUUUUGAACUACUACAAUCGCCUUCGCUUUCCCAGCCGUCACAUCUUUCAGUCAAGUCUGGGAUUCUCCAAAAAAAGAUUCCACACCUUAAGGACGGAAGGAUUGGAUAGCUACAUGCGAUUCUUAUUAGAGACUACUCAGGGUUUGCUAGGGGAUGAGGAUGAUGAUGACGGCUUACCAGAAUGGGGCGGUAAAAAAUUCUCUAAGUGUCUUGUACUGGAAUAUAUUCGAAAAUUUCUGAUGGUUAACGAGGAUCUCACAACUCGUGGUCGUCCCCUUGAAGACCCAGGCCCGAAGUAUAGAGGGCUAGCUACGCAAGUAAUUUCGCCUACUGUUACAACCAGUUACCAGCGCCGUCUUACGAGAAGAAGCUCAUCAGUCACUAGCUUCCGAACAAGCGAGCUAGAUCUCGUGCCCAUUGAAAUCCCCUCAUCUACAGACGAAUCUACUCGAAACUCGUUUGUAGAGAGCACCUGGUUUUCAAGUUUUGCUCAUUUUGAUGACGAGCGUACCACGCUACCCUUGGACGCGGUAAUUUAUCGAUAG